GCCUGCUUUAUAAGGCGCUCGCCGACUCGGCGGAGCAUCACUCGUUUCUCGAACGUAUCCCGAAUACAGUCGAAAUACAAUUCUCUCGCAAUGGCACCGAAGGCUAGCGGAAAGGCGGUGAAGAAGGCCGGCAAGGCCGUGAAGAACAUCACCAAGGGCGACAAGAAGAAGCACAAGAAGCGCAGGAAGGAGAGCUACGCGAUCUACAUCUACAAGGUGCUGAAGCAGGUCCACCCUGACACCGGCGUGUCGAGCAAGGCCAUGAGCAUCAUGAACAGCUUCGUCAACGACAUCUUCGAGCGCAUCGCCGCCGAGGCCUCCCGGCUGGCCCACUACAACAAGAGGUCGACCAUCACCUCCCGGGAGAUCCAGACGGCCGUCAGGCUCCUGCUCCCCGGUGAACUGGCCAAGCACGCCGUCAGUGAGGGCACCAAGGCCGUCACCAAGUACACCAGCUCCAAAUAAAUUUGAUUUCUGAUAUAAAUAUCAAACAACUACCAUCGGCCCUUUUCAGGGCCACCAAUAUUUUCAAACGUAAAACAAAUUAUUUUUUAAUAAUACUAUAUUAGAUGUAUUAUUAGUGUUACUUGAUAAUAUACUCUGUACAGUUAACAACACCUUGGAUAUGCUUAUUGUAGAUUAUAUUACUAUCGAAUCUCACAAUCACGUGGUCAUUGUAUUAUUAAUGUCUGGAAGUUUUUUCGGAAAUCAACGUAAUGAAACAACGUUAUAUACUUAGUUGCGGCUAAAACAGAUAUGGCAGUGUCAGAAUGACGAAGGGUACUAAUUUCGCACUACGAGUUGUAAGUUCUCGUAGGCAUUACAGCUAUAGCCAAGUUUAGAGGCUCGUUCACAUACGAUUUGAAAUAAAAUUAGCGGCAAUUUAGUAUCAAAAUGGUGUUAAUAAGCUUUAUUUGAAGUAUUUUCCGCACAAAUUUAUUCAUUUUAUUGUAAAAAAUAACGCGGUUGAUUGCUUGUGUUAUGUUCAUAACUAACGUAUAAAAUGU